AAUAAGACCCAUUGCUCUACUAUGUAAAAGCGUUAUGUAUUAUGUUCCUGAUCUGACAGAGUGUAAGAAUACUUCGAAUGCUGCAAUCCGCAUUUAGAUAACUGGAUAUGUGUCUGAUUGACUGAAAAAUUAACGUAAACAUAUCGAAUCGUGUAAUAUGAAGACGAGAUCAUAGAAUGUGUUGAAACAUGUUUUCAAAACUUUUCUUUUAUUCAUUUACAUAAUUUGUUUACAUUUAUUUUGUAUGGUUAUGGAUGAAGAUACUGUAAUAUAAUAUUUUUUAAAGUACAAAUAUGAGUUAUUCUCACGAAGAAGUAGAAAGAAAACGUCUAUUAGCCUUACAACGUAAACAACAGGCACAAGCAAAAAAUAAUGUGCCCAGCACUGUUAGAACACAAAACAACAUACCUUCUACUAGUUCCAUUAAUAAUGAAAAUAAAUUAUUUAAUACAUCUAAGCCAUUUGUAAAUAGAUGGAACAAAUCUGUUGAGUUUAAUACAAAGUUUAAAGAUAAUUCUUUCAAGGGCAACACAAAAUACAAUAAGAAACAGGAACGUUUUAGUCCUAUAGGAACAAAAAGUUUCUUUGGGCAGACAACACGUGUAACAGCAAAAUGUCACAUAAUAAGUGAUGACAGAUUUACUUUAGAAAUGUCAUCCUAUAUGCCAGUACUUAUUGAAGCAUGCAAAACAGUUCCAAGUAGAUCGUAUGAUGCUAAAACUAAAACAUGGAAUUUCAAUUUAAAGGAUUACGAAAACUUGAUGGGAACACUAAUUAAAUUUAAGUCUGAUAUACAAGUAGUAGGGUUAUCAAGAACAGUUCUUCAGGCAUUUAGAAACAAUGGUAGUCCAGACAACAAUGUUAAAAAUGUUGAUUUAUCAAAAAUUGAUGCUCACUUGUUAAGUCAACUAAUGCCUUUUCAGCGUGAAGGAAUUUGUUAUGGAAUAUCCAAAAAUGGUCGAUGUCUAAUUGCUGACGAUAUGGGUUUAGGAAAAACUAUUCAAGCAUUAGGAAUUGCACAUUACUUUAGAACAGAUUGGCCUCUUCUUAUUGUUGUACCAUCUUCAGUUAGAUAUCAAUGGGCAGACGCAAUAUACACAUUCUUACCAUCUGUACCUGCACAUUACAUUUAUCACUUUUCAAACACAAAAGACUUUAUCGAUGACAACAAGAUUGUUAUCACAUCCUAUGACCUCUUAGUACGAGCAAUAGAUACAUUUGAAUGUAAAUCUUUUGGUUUUGUUAUUCUGGAUGAGUCUCAUGUCUUAAAAAGUAUUAAAACUGCUAGAUAUAAGGCUGCACAGCGUGUAGCAUCCAAAGCUGGUCAUAUUAUUCUAUUAUCUGGAACACCAGCUUUGUCAAGACCAAUAGAACUGUAUUCUCAAAUAAAUCUUGUAAUGCCAAAUUUCAUGGGAUAUCAAGAGUAUGGAACACGUUAUUGCGCUGGAGUAAAAACUGCCUUUGGAUGGGACUUUUCAGGAUCAUCAAAUAUGCAAGAGUUACAGUUACUGUUAAAACGCACUUGCGUAAUUCGAAGAUUAAAAACUGAAGUAUUAAAUGAAUUACCAUCGAAGAAAAGAGAAGUUAUUAUAUUGGAUGCAGACUUAAUAAAAGACUCUACAAAAGAAAUGAAAGAGAUAUGCAAAAAGUUAGAACACAAAGGUUUGAAUGGCAUAGAAAGACACAAUACUCUUUUGCAAUAUUACAGUGAAUCCAGUUCUGCUAAGCAGAAAGCCAUAUGUGAUUACAUUUCUAAGUUAUUCAAAGAUAAACGAAAAUGUCUUAUUUUCGCUCAUCACCAAAUUAUAUUAGAUGCCAUUUGUGAAGUUGCAGACUCUAUGGAUAUAAAAUAUAUUAGAAUCGAUGGAAAGACAAAUCCCGAACAUAGGAAAUACCAAGUUGACAAGUUUCAAAGUCGUGAUGAUUAUUUGGCCGCAGUGUUAUCAAUUACUUCAGCAAACGCAGGAAUUACAUUGACAGCAGCUCAACUCGUAGUUUUUGCUGAAUUAUUCUGGAAUCCGGGGGUACUGUGCCAAGCAGAAGAUAGAGUGCAUAGAAUCGGCCAAGACGAUAAUGUUCUGAUUCAGUAUUUAGUUGCUAAACAAACGGCCGAUGAUUAUUUAUGGCCUUUAAUUCAAAAAAAGAUGAACGUAUUAAACGAAGUUGGCCUAGAUCAAGAUUUUUCUCUUAAAGACGUUAGUGUUACGAAACAUAAUUUAGACUCAAAACAGAGAACCUUAGAUUACUUUACAAGUGCUACACCUGAAAGUGCUACAGGCGAAGAAACAGCGCUUAAGACUGGAAAUAAGGAAAGUACAACCCGUCUUAUACAAGAUAACAAUGCAAUAGCAGAUGAAAUGAAAGAAUUACUUGAGCUCGGCGAAGCAGAUCUAAAUUUCUGUGAUUGGGAUGAUAUGGAGUAAAUAACUUAUUUUUCUACUACUUGUUAUAUGAUGUAUUAUGCGUGUGAUAAGCGAAACAAGGAUUACAAAUGUGAAAAUAAAGAAUAAUUUGAUACUAAAAAGCA